GUGUAUUUUAUACUCCACCUCUCACCUCUCUUUUUUCCUCUCUGUCUCUUUCUUUUCUUUUUUUUCUCUCUCUCUCUUCUUCUCUCUCUUCACCUGUCUUCCUCCCUUCCUUCCUCCUUCCCCUCUUCCGUCCGCCCCGUCCGCCCCGUCCGCCCUUCCUCCCUCCUUUGUCCGCUUCCUUUCCUCCUCUUUCCAUCUCCUACAUUUUUCCUUGUCUCCAAUCGCUUUUGCAAUGUCUUUUGCCAAGGACUCUAACGACCUCGCUGCCUCGGCUAACAAUGCCAACUAUGAGGGUCAGUACGAGCAUGAUCACGAGCACAGGGAAAAUGAGGGUCUUGAUGCUGAUGCCCCUCUCACCCUUCGCGCCCUUGUCUCAACUAAGGAGGCCGGAGUCAUCAUUGGCAAAGGAGGCAAGAAUGUAGCAGAUCUCCGUGAUCAGACUGGCGUCAAGGCCGGUGUCUCCAAGGUUGUCCAGGGUGUUCAUGACCGUGUUCUCACUGUCACUGGAACCAUCGAGGGUGUUGCAAAGGCUUUCUCAUUGAUCGCUCAGACCUUGUUGGAGAACCCUAUUACUUCCUCGUCUCCAGAAAAUCCCCUCAACUCGCUUCGUCCUGUUGCUCAGACCUCAUCUAUCCGUCUGUUGAUCUCACACAACUUGAUGGGCACUAUCAUUGGUCGUCAGGGAUUGAAGAUUAAGCACAUUCAGGAUACGUCUUCGGCUCGCAUGGUCGCCUCCAAGGAGAUGCUCCCUCAGUCAACUGAGCGUGUUGUUGAAGUUCAGGGAUCUGUCGAUGCCAUUCGCAUUGCUAUUUACGAAAUUGGUAAAUGCCUUGUUGAUGACUGGGAGCGUGGCGUUGGUACUGUUCUUUACAACCCUGCCGCUCCUCGUGCCCCUGGCACGAGUACCACCUACAAUGCCGGUGCCACCAGCAAUGGAAACCGCAAUAACAGCAAUAACAAUAAUUACACGUCGCGCACAGGAAACGGAUCUGAUUUUACUCGCUCGCGUGAUGACACCCAAUACCGCCCACGCCCCGAGCCCGCUUUUGGCCAAAACAACGCCAACCUUCGAACUCAGGAGAUCUCGAUCCCUGCUGAUAUGGUCGGAUGUAUCAUUGGAAAAGGUGGCUCCAAGAUCUCGGAGAUCCGUCGUCUGUCUGGAUCCCGCAUUUCGAUUGCCAAGACCCCUCACGAUGAGACUGGUGAACGCAUGUUCACCAUCGUCGGCACCUUGGAGGCCAACGAGAAGGCUCUUUACCUUCUUUACGGUCAAUUGGAGGUUGAGAAGGACAAGCGUCUGAAUCUCUCCGGCGACCAUAUUCCCGAAGAGGACGAGGAAUAAACUAAAUACAAAAGAAUGAAACCUUCCUUUACCCCUUUUCUCCCUUGACCUUUCGACAGUAUAUAGUAACCCAACCCCAUAUGAGUCUACUAUUUUCUAUUUUUACAUUCCUUUCCUUUUUUUUUU